AUGGCAAAGCGGUUGAAGUGCGAUGAAAUUAAGCCCUCGUGUCAGCAGUGCGAAAGACGAAAAGUCCGAUGCGGAGGAUACAAGAAAGACUUCAAAUGGCGACCAUUCGAGGAGACCAACUUGGCUCCUGGGCGGCCUAUAGUGGCCAAGGCCAAGAAAGAAAACACCUCGUCCCAUCAAACUCCGUCUGUCGCCAAUGUUGGCCAGACCCUUCCUACUCCGCCAACGACUGAACAAUCGGCAUCCCCGAUUCGCAUACAGUCCCACAAGUUUGGUGGCUCUCAUUCGCCUCUAGGCUCUCCUUUGCAUAGCUCGCCCAUCAGUAUCAAUAGCUUUCUAUCUACAGAUACACGUUCCCUUGAAGAACUACCUGCCAAACGAGAAGAUGCUUCCAUGGCCGAGUGCAUCGAACAUCAUCUUGAUACCAAUGUGUCAUUGUCCGCCGAUUCUCCUUCUUUCGAUUUUCUCACCUUUUUGGAUCCCUUUCAGGAUUCUCUGUCGCUCGGAAAUUCGUUGAUUUAUGAUGCCGAUGUCGAUCCUGCUAAGCAUAUUCCUCUUGGUCCAGAACAGCCAGAUCCCGAUGUAUCUAGGCUGAGCUUCUCUCAACUGUUGGAGGAUGAGAAUGAUGACAUUGAGGAGAUCAUCCGGAAGUCGGACCCAGGACUAGGCCCUUGGAACUUCACCUUCCCAGAAGAAGAUUCUUUCAAUUCUGAUGUGCCAAGCAUGUCAAGUAGCCCAUCUCUACCACCGGAAAGUCCAGAAAUGCUCGUCUUGCGAUUUGAUAAGCUCACAUGUGGGAUUUUAUCUGUCAAAGAUGGUGCAUUAGAGAACCCGUGGCGAACACUUAUUUGGCCGUUGGCAAAAGACACGCCUGCACUUCGCCAUGCCAUCUUUGCUCUGACGGCUUUCCACUCGGGCAAGCAAAGCCCCCAUCUUCGGGCCCAAGGAGCAAAAUACAUGCGCCAGAGCAUAACUGGUCUAGUUGGACAAAUCCAGAAUAUGAGAGCGGAUGCUGCACUUGCAACUAGUCUGGCGUUGGCAUUUGCCGAUACCUGGGACCAGCAUACCCGCACAUGUAUUCAACAUUUGCGAGGUGCAAAAACCUUGGUGUGCAAGGUCAUCGCAGCCGGGAUGCAAGUGGUCGUCAGCGACAAUGAACUGGAUCGUAUCCGGUUCCUCUAUAACACAUGGUCCUAUAUGGACGUGAUUGCGCGUCUAACUUCUUUGGAUGAGUGUGGCCCUCAAAGCUGGGAUUCUUCGAUUUUCGAACUUCCCAGUGAUGCAGUCCAUGAUAUUGAUCCGUUGAUGGGAUGUGCAACUACCCUAUAUCCUCUCAUUAGUAGGGUGGCGAAGCUGAUCCAGCAUGUGCGGAAAACCCCCUCGAACACGGUGUCGGUUGUGGCUCAAGCUAUGGAACUGAAAUCUCUCGUCGAGCAAUGGGAGCCGCCGCACUGGUUUGAGCCACCAGAUGACCCAAAUUCCGAUGUCCAGCACAGCAUUCAAGUUGCACAUGCCUAUCGCUGGGCUACUUUGCUGUACCUGCACCAGGCCGUUCCAGAGAUACCCUCCGAGCCAGCCGACGAAUUAGCAAAGAGGGUCCUGAUAUUGCUCGCAACCGUGCCAUAUACCUCCCGGACUACCAUCAUACAGGUGUUCCCUCUUCUAGCAGCUGGCUCUGAAGUCGACACCGACGAUGACCGAAAAUGGGUCUUGGACCGAUGGACCACAAUUCAGUCUCGCCUAAUGCUAGGUGGUGUAGACCGCUGUUUGGAAGUGCUGAAGGAAGUCUGGGAGCGGCGCGACGCAAUGAAUGCCAGAAGAGAACUUGAAAUGGCGAGUUCACGACGUGAUGAGACUUUCUCAUCUGGAGACAGGGAGAAAAUGAGUUCGUCAUUGCCAACCGAUUUCCGCAAAUACAGCCUCAAUGGUUCCCACAAGGGCUCCACAGCAGGAAGAUCAGGGAAACCUGCAUCGAGGUCUGCGCGGGGUUCAGCACUCGCCUCGCUUGAAAAUAUUGAAUUUGAACGAACUGUGCGUGGAAAAUUGCAUUGGGUGAAUGUUAUGGCUGAGUGGGGAUGGGAAGGUGAGCUUGACAACUGUCGAACUAUUUCAUCUAACGACUAA